CAGCACAAUGAUUUCUGGAUAUCCUGACCGCAACAGGCGCAACUACGAACUAUGAACUAGCGUAUCAAUGGCUCUAAACUCCAAGGAUACGUUGCUUAAGGCAUUACAACUGUCGCCUGACCUUGACGAUGAGGCAAUCAGCAGAGGCAUCUCCGCCACGAUAACAGCUGCAGUUGAUGAUGAAACACACCAGCCAUCUCUCAAGACUGUAUACGAUAAUAUUCUUCAAUACCACAGUGGUCCAGCCCUUCUUGAACCCCUUGACAUCCUGCCUGGUCUCCUUCGGUGGCGCCGUAAAGAGGCUGUUGACCUCAUUAUCCUAAUUUCCGAAAAAUGCAGUUCGAAGGAGGUACUAAUUGUCAUUCAAGAAACCCUGGAACAGAUAACACAGCUAGCUUGUGAAGAUGGAGCUGAAGAGGAGCAUGUUCCUGGGCUUGUCCAGUGUCUUAUCAACGUUCUCGUGUCGUCUACAAAAUCUGUACCAAGAUUAACUCUUGGAAAGAGAACCGCGUUGAGCGUAGUCUCACCAUUGGUCUCCGCUGUUAGUUCAGCGGUUUCUUCGAUAGGAAGCAACCUCACGCAGGAUAUUGGUCGUUCAUUACUUGUGGAGGUCUCUCGCAUGUCGCAGGAAUUCUACAUGUGGAUAAUUAAAACAGGCAGCGAAGCAGAUGCUGCAGAGGCGAGGAAAAUUAUCGUACUACUUCUGGACACGACUGUUUUGGCGUGUGCAUCGUGCAUUAGGGCAUCGUUAUGCGCCAGAGCCUUCGAGAAGCAGUAUCCGCGUCUUACAGUGUCUUCGACGAUCGAACCCGACUGGCAAGAAGGGGAGCAGGCUAUUAUGAGCGUACUGACUACCCUUCGAGCAAUGAACGUGUCAUCACAAGAUGUCUUGGAUGAUCCGACAAUAAGUUCUCUGAUCAUACUUGCUCACCAAGAUGAAAGCUAUCCUCUAUCAAAAGAUCUACCCUCCAAGUUGCAUUCGAUGCUUACGACUUCGAUUCAGAUGAAUUUCGCCCUCGACGAAUCUCUGUUCCUUAUCUUUCGUUCCGUCACGCAAAAUCUCACACAGCCCAGCUUCCCACCCGAACUUGCUACGUCGCUAUGCGUAGUUCUUCCCGCUUUGGCAAGCACCCAUCUUGACCCAUUUAUCAGACACUUCAGUCUUCGGCUGAUUGCACUGAUUCUUGCGCGACUACCAUCUGUGUUACAGCAGCAGAUCUUGAUAACACUGGCAUCCGACGCGGAGUUUCCUCAGAUGCAGGCGGCCGCUAUAGGUCUCCUUAAGGAAUUUGUGCUAGAAGCACUACAGGCCCCCGCAUUGUCGGGCGAACAAAAUGUCUUUGCGUCACCACUGCUCAUAAGGUCCUUCGGACCGAUCCUAUUCAGGACAAUGCCAUCUGAUUACUUGUCGACGGUCCGGGUAGCUGGUGACAUUGAGAAAUCCUUGGAGCCCUCUCGGAUCGCAGAGGUACUAUCAUUUUACUAUGUACUACUACAACGGGACAGGGACAAUAAGGUAUCUUAUUUUGUCCGAGGCAAUGAAAAUAAGUUUGACGAUGUCCCAGACUGGUAUACGAGACCCGGAUAACAUCGCGAGCGUAGAAUCGUCCUUACUGCGGCCGUUGCGUUCUUUUCUAGAAAAGUGGUCGAACACUGAAGCUAAGCCUAUUAUUUCUGUCAUCUCUCUGCGGAUUGGCCUGGAAAGAGUAGACUAUGCUGUACAAAUCAUUCGGAAUCGGUAAUUAAGAAGACACUAGAUCGCCGACCGCUCGAAUGCCUAUGUACAAAAGGAACUAAUAAACUCUCGAUAUACUUGCUCAAUCUAAAUUGAACAAGGUACCGAGUAUUGCCUCUCGAGAAGGUUUCCGAGGUCGUCUUGCC